GGUCAGAUUUCGUGGCAAGUACACUGAUCAUAUCCAUACUAUUCCAUUUGACACCAUGGCCUCACUCUAUUUCACUGAGAUGCGCUUUAAGUAAGCUAUCAAACUCCGCGCGAGCUCAAGCCGAUGCCGACAUACUCCAAAUAAAAGGCAAGUGUCCUCCUCGCUACAAGUGGUGUAUAUCUCUCAUGCUCGCCAUGAUUGCAACGUCCAUAUCCGGCCUGAACAUGAUACUCUGGCUCUGCACCGACCGGCAGUGGGCUCGGGAACACUCAAGCAAGGCGGCUACUUUGUCGUGUCCUACCUGUUGUCAAUGGUCACUACCAAGUUCUUUAUCGUCUCAUCUCUGCAUUGUCUCAUGUUUGGUGACAGUGGGUAGAUAUAAUACCCGUGGGGUGCGCUACCUACAUACUUGCAAUAAAACCAAUACCUGCCAUGCGGGUGCAGGUGCAGGUGACGCUGCUGACACCCGCAGGUUUACCAAUGGCAUUGCCUACCAGUGAGAAGGAAGCUUAGUCGUCUUUUUUGUAUGGCUUUGCAUGUCCCUUAUAUACAUUAUAUCGAUUAAAAUUUACAUCGCCCGUCUAUAUAAAAAAUCCAGCUCAGAUCUGUACAUACAUCGGUGAGAUAGUCGAGCUCUCUUGUCGCCGACAGCGAGCACGAAGGUCCGGUGAUGACAUGACUCCUUUUUUAUAUAUUGAUUCCGAUUUAUGUCCUUUGCAGAGCGAUACUCUAUGUAGGACAGUACAGACUAAGAAAUGGAGAAAGGGAACACUAUAUCAUAGUUUGGAGCAGAGAUGGCGGAUGGCACGUGGAUAUGCUGUUGGAAGUCAACC